GCUUGUUUAUUCAUUUAUGGAAAAAUGAAUAUUCCUGAGUUCAUGUUAUUACCUCAUUAAUAUUGUGAAUCCUAAAAUUCUGAGCUCGAACAUCUUCUCCAAAACUACACAGCGCCCCUUUAAGGUUUUAAGGCCUUCGAGGGAGAUGGAAAAUUACAUUUCUGCUAAUGGUUUGUUUCGGAGGGCAUCCUUACACAAAACCAAACAUAGUAACGGAGGCUGUGUCAUUUUGGACUGAGAAUCUAGCUCAGAAAAACAUCACAAAAAGCACGACCCCGCGGUUAGUUGCGACCUCUGUCUCUCCUGUGCAGGUCAUCUGAGCGACUGCGCUUGAUUUUCACUCCGAAGUGUGCGCACGGAUCAGACGCGAGGGUGUGGGGUGCUCUGUGAUCUAGAUUCUUGAGGAUUUUUCACCGUGAGGAGGAGAUCUGCUUCGGUGGAAUCUUAAAUAAAGAAAGGACAGUUUCAUUUCUUCCUUGCAAAUUAAUCCUCCUCUUUCACCGCAGUCACGAGCUUCUCGGUUAUCAAUUUUCUCACUCUGAGAUCCCUCAUUCAACACUUCCAUGGAAGAUGUUUCACUGACUCUCUUGCAACAUGGGACGAGCGCUUCCUCGACUUGCGCCACAGAGCAGAAAUGUUUAUUUUCCUCUGUCAGCUGAAACAUCCUCCCUUUAUCUUCUGGUGACGGUCAAAGGUCUCGAGCAAGUGACCACCGUCACCGAUUAGACACUAGUGUUCCACGUUUACACUCCAUCUGACGGAGAAACGUUUGUUUUAUUGGCACCGAGUGGCACGAUGAACCCUCGAGGUGCACUUGUGUGAUGCUGACUUAACAUUUAAAAUCAGAUCAGGCGCACAUACAGUCUGUGAUGUGGUAGUAAAUCAAAAUUAGGGUAAGACGUUACCUCCGGCUGGAAUCAGAAAUAGAAGCCGGGAAUCUUACUAUCUUUUUUUUUUUUUUUUUUUUUUUUAAAAAGCGCAUUCAAAUAGCUGCUCUCCCACCUUACACCAGCAAAACGUGCUUUAAUUCUGUCUAUCAACAUAUAAUAAUCAGUGGGGUGACUGUGGCAGGCUUGCAGGUGCUCAUCCCUAACAGAGAGAACACGCUGCUGAGAAAAUGAUCCUGCAAUUCCCGCGCCAUCUAACACCGCAUCUCCUUCUCCAUCAUCUCCAUCUCUUGAUGCCAGUCUGAGCCCCCCCUCCAUGACUCUCUGUUUGCAGUUUGGUGACGUAGAGAGACAGGAGGACAGAGAGAGAGAGGGAGAGAGAGAGAGGAGAGAGAGAGGUGGGGGGGGAGAGAGAGAGAGAGAGAGAGAGAUGCCGAGAUGGAUUGAUAGACAAAUGCAGAGAGGGCGGAACUUGGAAUUACAGUACAGCGCUUAUUCCUCACGUAUUUUGCCAUCUUGUGAUGAUGAUGAUGAUCGCAGGUGCUGGACAUGGGUAAAUCGAGGUCUCUGGCACCAGAAGAGCAGGAAACCUAAGGAUACACUACUUGUCAGAGCUGUGCGGCGCGCUCACACGGGACUUAUUUGUUUCGCUCGCCGCCAGAGUUUAUUUAUUUUCGUCGUAGGUUUGUGCGUAAAAGACGCAGCAAACUAUCGUCCCCCCUCCAAACACCACUGGAGACUAAGGGGGGAUCUCUUUCUCUUUUUCUCUCUCUAUUUUUUUUUUUUUUUUUUUUUUUUGCUUCCUUGGGGAGGAGGAGUGAACUAAAAAAAAACUUGGCUUUCAAGGUGCUUCCUCGCUUUUAUUUCUACCCCGCGCCACGAGAGACAUGAAGGAAGAUGAUCUUUGAUGGGCAGGAAGGUGUCAGGAGCUGGCCGAAUCCCUUCGUAAUCUCCCCGCUCGUUGUCGAAGCCGAUCCAGCCACCAAGUCCAGAGGAGAGCAGCCGGUUUGAGAGAGGAGAAGACAAGGCUUCAGAGAGACCCCAACACGCUCCCCACGACCACCCCCCACCCCCGAACGAACCGGGAUGAUUCUUCAGAACUGACUGACUUUGAUUUGUUUGUAAUUCCUGCAUGAGAAGCACCGUGGAGAGUGACGGUCACUAUGCCGAGGAGAAAGCAGCAAGAGCCGCGGCGAUCAGCAGCAUAUAUGCCCGAGGACGAGCUUAAGGCAGGCGCUCAAGAUGAGGAAGAGCACCUGCAGGAUGACGGCCUCUCAUUAGACGGCCAGGACACUGAGUUCCUGUGCAACGAGGAAGAGGAAGACGCAGAUGGAGGCCAGCCACCUAGUUACAGAGACUCACCACUCAGCAAUGGCACUAACCCUGACGCUGGAUAUGGGUCUCCACUCAGCGAUGCCAGCGACCGACUUCCGGACUUCAAGAGCACCUCUUCCAGGGACGGUCAGGAGAGGGACGGCACAACUUUGCCCUUCCGCCCCAACAACGGCCUCAAUUUCCAGGAUAGCCUGGCACAGAUGAAAGCCGUCUAUGCAAACCUCAUCUCAGAUGCCUCUUGGUCCAGUAUCACAAUGGACAUCAUGAAAUCCAAGCCUGCUGCAGCUGGCAGUGUCAGCAGUGCCCUCACCACUCCGGAGCCCACCUCCACUGCUUCUGUCUCCACAACUACAACCACAAACAAGAGCAGUGUGGUCAACAUGGCUAGCAGCCACCAUAAUGGCAGGAGCUCCACCACCACUGUCAACCACACAGGCAGCGGGAGUGGCAAUACUAAUGGCACAGCAGCUUGCUCUGUUAGCAGCCACAGUGCAACCAGCAGUGGUGGGAACAGCGGUGGUGCUGCUAGUAACGGUGGUGGUGUGGCCUAUGACUGGCACCAGGCAGCGCUUGCCAAAACUCUUCAGCAGACACCCUACCACCUUUUACCAGAGCCCAGCCUCUUCAGCACAGUGCAGCUCUACCGGCAGAACAACAAGCUGUAUGGCUCUGUUUUCACUGGUGCAAGCAAGUUUCGCUGCAAAGACUGCAGCGCUGCUUAUGACACACUGGUAGGUUUGACAGUCCACAUGAAUGAGACGGGCCACUAUCGAGAUGACAACAAAGACAAAGAGGAGGAGCAUGGAAAGCGCUGGUCCAAACCACGCAAGCGUUCCCUGAUGGAGAUGGAGGGGAAGGAGGAUGCCCAGAAGGUACUGAAGUGCAUGUACUGUGGCCACUCAUUUGAGUCUCUGCAAGAUCUCAGCGUUCAUAUGAUCAAGACCAAGCAUUACCAGAAAGUGCCUCUCAAAGAACCAGUGCCAGCCCUGGCCACUAAACUGCUGCCCAGUUCAGCUAAAAAGCGAGCUAUCCAAGAUGCUAUAGUCUCCCCGUGCUCCCCAGACUCUAUCCAUGCUGGGAGUGGUGGGGGCAGUGUAUCCCUCGGGGAUGUUGGCAAAGAUACAAAAUCUGCAGCUAACCCUUAUGUUACGCCAAACAACCGUUAUGGCUACCAGAACGGUGCCAGCUACACAUGGCAGUUUGAAGCUCGUAAAGCCCAGAUCCUCAAAUGCAUGGAGUGUGGAAGCUCACAUGAUACACUGCAACAGCUGACUGCCCACAUGAUGGUCACAGGUCACUUUUUGAAGGUUACAAAUUCUGCCUCCAAGAAGGGCAAGCAGCUGGUUUUUGACCCAGUGGUGGAAGAGAAGAUUCAGUCGAUCCCACUGCCACCGACCACCACCAGACUCCCUGUUCCCACUAGCAUUAAGUCCCAGCCAGUGUCCCCAGCCCUGUCCUCUGGCUCAGAGGAGAAGAGGGAAGGAGGUGAGGAUGAAAAGAUUGAGGGCAGUGAGCCACUGGAGAGAAAAAUCAAGGAGGAGAAAGAUGACUCAGGUGAGAAAUCUGAGACUGACACCACAUCAUAUAAAUACCUUAGAGAAGAAGAUCUGGAGGAGGCUCCGAAAGAGGGUUUGGAUAUUCUUAAAUCCCUUGAGAACACGGUAUCAAGUGCCAUCAGCAAGGCCCAGACAGGCACACCCACAUGGGGUGGCUACCCUAGCAUUCAUGCAGCCUACCAGCUGCAGGGUGCCAUGAAGAGCUCCACUACUGUUAUACCCCCAAUGGUCCAGAGUGUCCACAUGCAGCCAAUGUUUAACAGUGGGCUAAGAGGCCUGGUUAAUGACCCCAACUCAGUCAUCCACUCGCCACGCAGCCCUUCCUCCCCAACCCCACUCAGGAGCAAUGUCACUGCCAUGGAGGAGCUUGUGGAGAAAGUGACGGGGAAAGCUGCCACAGUGAAGAAAGAGAAAGAGGAGAAGAUGGUGAGCCUGGACCGAUGCCGGGCCCAGUCAUUAGUCAAAUCCCCCUCUCCUGCACUGAGAGAGCAGCGAGAGCAGUUAGCAUCUCCGAAUGACCUUUCUGUAGGUAAACCCUCGGGUAUGAGAAGUAGCAGUCCAGGCAGUGUAGACUCAGAGCUCAUCUGCAAGAAGGAGCCCAAAGAGAGCCUAGUAGAUGGCCACAACAACCAUUCAAAGAACGGCUCUGAGGCUUGCCAAUCCCCGGUAACUAAUGGCAACAGUCUCGGUAUCAUCACCGAUCACUCACCGGAAAGUCCUUUCAUCAACCCUCUCAGUGCACUCCAGUCAAUCAUGAACACUCACCUGGGUAAGGCCUCCAAACCAGUUAGCCCAGCUGCAGACCCACUAUCUAUGCUUUACAAAAUCAGCAACAGCAUGAUGGAUAAGCCAGCUUUCAACCCAACUCCUCAGGGCAAGCCAGCUGAGCCCAUCAACCACUAUCCGUUAUAUGAAAACAGUGACCAGCCCAUAGACCUGAGCAAACACAAGUCCACUACUAACAGCAACAAUAACAACAACAACAGCAGCAGCAGAGUGCUCUUGAACAACAAUAGUGUAAAUGGUAACAAACCCCUCAUUUCCCUCCCUGACUCAGUCUCCUCUCCUCUGAGAGAGAAUGCUCUGAUGGACAUUUCAGAUAUGGUAAAGAACCUUACCGGAAGACUGACGCCCAAAUCUUCAACUCCAUCCUCCAUCUCAGAAAAGUCGGACGCCGACGGCAGUGCAUUCGAGGACGCCCUAGAGGACCUCUCACCCGUGCAGAAGAGGAAAGGGAGGCAAUCCAACUGGAAUCCCCAGCACCUCCUCAUCCUCCAGGCACAGUUCGCCUCCAGUCUGAGGGAGACUUCAGAGGGCCGCUACGCCAUGACUGACCUGGGCCCCCAGGAAAGGGUCCACAUCUGUAAGUUCACAGGCCUCUCUAUGACCACCAUAUCCCACUGGCUGGCAAAUGUCAAGUACCAGCUGAGACGGACUGGGGGCACCAAGUUUCUCAAGAACAUGGACUCGUGCCAGCCCGUGUUCCUCUGUGGUGACUGUGCCUCCCAGUUCAGGACUCCCUCCUCCUACAUCGGCCACCUGGAGUCUCACCUGGGCUUCAGCUUGAAGGACCUGUCCAAACUGUCAGCUGAGCACCUACGGGAGCAGCAGGCUGCCUCAAAGGUGAUCACAGACAAAAUGACAUUCGGCAGCCCCCUGUCAGCCUUGACCACGCCAGAGGACGACACAGGCUCUGUGUACCAGUGCAGACUUUGCAAUCGGACAUUCGUCAGCAAACACGCAGUCAAACUGCACCUCAGCAAGACCCAUGGCAAGUCUCCAGAGGACCACCUGGUGUUUGUCACUGCUUUGGAGAAACUGGAGAAGCUAGACAAGAUAGAGAAGGUGUAAGCGGGGUCUCGAGCUGAGGGUAGAGACUGACAGCUGUGGAACUGAUUAGAAUUUCAUUGCACUAAAAUGACAUUGUUCACAGUUACUGCACUGGGCCGAACUGAGCCGCCAGAAAAAAAUCGGUCUUAUAAUUUUUUUUUUUUUUUGUUGUGAUAACUGCCUGACUGGACCAUGUCUUUUCAUGUUGAUUUGUUUUUGUUUUGCCAAGCUUUUUUACACUUAUUUUGUAAUAUAUUUAUAUGCUAUUUGUCUGAUCUGUGCAUGUAUUUUAGUGAAUCAAGGUUAAACACAAGAUUUUAAUCUUUUCAUGGCAAAAAUACAACUACUGCUUCAAUGGUUAAAGUGGUGAGUGGAAAGAGAAUUGGUGGAAGAGACAACUGUAUAAUACUUGAUAUGAAGAAGAUGAAAAUUAAAUGUAUACACCAAAAGAAUGAAAGAAUACCCUGAAAGACUGAAGUAGCACCUUAGACGGUUGAUUUUUGAAUUUGUAAAGAGAACAUGUUUUGAAAUAUCUUGCAUUUGUCAAAACCAGAUUGAUUUUUAAAAGAUCAAGGAUUAUCAUUCCCCCUCCCCCCCUCGCUCCUUUUUGGGUUCCUGUCACUGCAAUGUUUUUGAUGAUGAAUGGCCUGCUCAUAAAACUGUCAGUGUAUUAGAAAAAAGAUCACGUGAACAUUUGGAAAAACUGAAAUGCUGCUUCUGGUUACGAGUCAAUCAGUGAAAAAUGAAUGGCCGUCAGUAUGCAAGUUUGCUCAAAAAACUUUUCCUUGUUGUGAAGUAUCACCUUAUAGCAAUUUUUCCAGUUGUAUGGUUUGUUACAACUUUCUCUUUAUAAAUUGUGUCGCUUUAUUCAACUGUAAAGAGAACAGUCCGUUACAUGUAAAUGAUUACAGUGAAAUGUCAGUACUCCAUAAGACAUAUCUUACCAUUUGAAACGGCUCAACAUUCUUUGUAUCUUAAGGUGUGUGCAUUCUCUAACUUUUAUAUUGUCAUUUUAUAUACAAAAAUGAUAAAAAAUAAAAACAGAUGGUGUAUAUAGAUAUAUGCUGUAGAGCUACAAAAUGUCCUUUUUUAAAGAAAAUACAAAUUUAGCUUCUUUGGCUUGGUUUACAGAAAUGAUUUUAAUUAUACUUGCAUCCAAUUUGAUGCAUGACAUGGUGUGGAAAAUAAAUAAGCGAUGCACAAUGACUAUACAUUUCAAUGUUUUAUCGACAAUAUUGUAAAAAAAAAAACAAAAAGUUUUUAGCACCGAUUAGUUUGUUUCAUUUAUUUCUCAAUUGUAAAAUAAACCCCAAAGCAGUUGUUAACAGUCA